AUGUCAUCAGUGAGUGCAUCCUCAAUUUUUGCUCAGGUGCUAAAUUGUGUUCACGCAGCAGCUCUGGCUUUUUCCAGUAGCGGUUGCUUUCAAAGCAGUGAGGAGAAGUUACGCUACUAUAAUGUACAGAUCACGCUUGGCUUUCUGGACUUCUUGGCCCGGACGGUGGUGGUGUUUGCUCUGGUUUUGCAGAUAUCAGCUUCAGACAAAUGUGUCCAAGAAGACAAACGAGUGACUCAUUUCUUCAUGAUCAUGACCAUGCACGUCAACAUGGAGUUCCUUACAUCUCUCAACGUCAUCAGAAGAAACAUCAUCGUUCCUAACAUUGUCUACACUUUCCAAUCAGCUGGCAAGGGUUCCUUAUACGGAACUGGAGGCACUGAGAACGGGUUCUAUCUCCCCCUUGAAGGGGCAGACGGAAGCGGACUGAUGGUAGAUGAAAACGGAGAAGAAAUGCAUGUGAUGAUAUACACUAAUGAGCCAACGUGGUGGUAUUUCAUCUGCCACGCCAUUGUGAUGACCUUAUCGAUUUUGAUUAUGUCAGCGCUAAUUGUCAAAUCUGAGAAGUCAAGAUAG